UCAGUUGAGUGAGGAGACGCCAAGCAAGCACAUACCUACCUUAAUAUGUUUUCGACCUAAUUCUCCUAUCGUAAAAAGUGCGUUCUCCAUUCGAAUCCGUGUGAAUCUUUCCUUCCACCGAAAUUAAGUGCAUUUUCAAAGUGUUAUCAUAUAUCGGAUCCACUGCUAUGGCAUCCGGUCGCAACAUUCGCUUCUACUACGACCUGAUAUCGCAACCUUGCCGAGCUCUGUACAUUUUCCUUGAACAGAACAAAAUACCCCAUCAAAAGUGUCCCAUUGCGCUGCGAAAAUGGGAACACUCGGCGCCAGAAUAUAUGCAAAAUGUGAAUCGUUUCGGCAAGGUGCCCGCCAUUGUGACGGAAAAUAACUUCAAACUGGCAGAAAGCAUUGCCAUUUUGCGAUAUUUGACGCGAGAAUUUGCCGUCCCGGACCAUUGGUAUCCACGGGACAGCCGAAGGAGGGCCCGGGUCGACGAAUACCUGGAAUGGCAGCACUCAAACACCCGGUUGCAUUGUGCCAGCUAUGUGCGCUACGUGUGGCGAGGACCUUUGCGGGGAGAAGUCGUGGAACCAAAGGUUGCCAAGCGGUUGCAAGCGGAGAUGAUCGGAUGUUUGGAUUUUAUCGAGUCGAACGUGUUGCAGCGGGACAUGCGGUUCAUAGCAGGCGAUGAUAUCACGAUUGCCGAUCUGGUGGCAGCCUGUGAGAUCGAACAGCCAAAACUAACCGGAUACGAUGCACGCGUGGAUCGACCAAAGCUGACGGCUUGGAUACAAAGAGUGAAGGAGUACACCCAACCGGACUAUAACGAAGCGCACAAGAUUCUGCACAAGUUUGCGCCGGUAGCGGCGUGAACGAUGUCGAAAAAAGUAUUUAGUGAAAUCCACCGAGCAUAAAUGUGAAUAUCCUAGGGGGAAGUGAUGCAAAGUUCUUCCAAGCUAGAUAAUUUUGCAACAAGUUCAAAACACAUGUGUUACAUUUGGGUUCCGUUUGAUUCUUAUGUGCGAGAUCAACGCGACCUAAGCCUACUUAGAAGCUAGUUGUGUCAAUUUAGAUCUGCUUAUUUCUUCCCUAGCCAAUAUUUAUAUGUAUUUGUGAUUUAUGUCUAUUUUGUGAAUAGUUGUAAACUACUAAAGUCCGAAGUGCUUGGCUAAUUGGGUGUACAUGUUUUAACAUUUUUUAUAUUAUUUAUCUCCAGAGCUCAUUUCCCACCGGUUCGCUCAGAAAGUGCCUACAGCAAGAGUUAUUCCUUUUUAUCAAACUAUUUACACCCAAAUGGCUAAGUAAUCCGGUAAUGCGAAAAGUGUAUUAUGAAAUAUAAUGCUUA